AUGAAGAUGGAGUUUGAAUAUCAAGAGGAGUAUAUAAAAAGUUCAAGAGGAGUGCAGCUCUUUACGUGUAGAUGGUUGCCUUCAAAUUCAUGUUCUCCAAAAGGACUUGUUUUUCUUUGCCAUGGGUAUGGCAUGGAGUGCAGUGGUUUCAUGAGAGAAUGUGGAAUCAGGCUAGCCCAUGCUAAAUAUGCAGUGUUUGGAAUUGACUACGAGGGGCAUGGACGGUCCACUGGUUCUCGUUGUUACAUCAAGAAGUUUGAAAAUAUAGUGAACGAUUGCGAUGAAUUUUUCAAGUCAGUUUGUGCCGAGAAAGAUUACAGGGAUAAGGGCAGGUUCCUGUAUGGAGAGUCCAUGGGAGGAGCAGUUGCCCUGUUACUCCACAGGAAAGAGCCUUCUUUUUAUAAUGGUGCUGUUCUUGUUGCCCCUAUGUGCAAGAUAUCGGAGAAGUUGAAGCCACAUCCGGUAGUUGUUAAUAUAUUGACUGGUUUUGAGGGCCUUAUACCAAAGUGGAAGAUUGUCCCAUCAAAAGAUGUCAUUAAAUCUGCCUUCAAGGAUCCUGUUAAGAGAGAAGAGAUAAGGAAUAACAAGCUGAUAUACCAAGACAAGCCUAGGCUGAAAACAGCCCUGGAAAUGCUCAGAACUAGCAUGAGGAUCGAGGAAAGUUUAAAUCAGGUGAUACUGCCAUUCUUAGUGUUGCAUGGUGACGCAGAUACAGUGACAGACCCUGAAAUUAGCAAGGCCUUGUAUGAGCAAGCAAGCAGCGAAGACAAGACCAUGAAAUUGUACCCUGGAAUGUGGCAUGGUUUGACAGCGGGAGAAACCGAUGAAAACGUUGGAAUCGUUUUUGCCGAUAUCGUAGCUUGGCUUGACAAGCACACCAAUCUUGUUGUUGAACCAUUGCAUGAAGCUUUCAAUAUUGGCAUAGAGAAAUUUUCAUCCCCACCCUCUACGACUAAUAAACAAUCACAUGGUAGCUAUCUAUGUGGAUUUAAGGAACCACGCACGCUUCAUUCGGCUAUGUAG